CAUAAAACCCCUUCCACCUUCAUCUCCCCCCACCCGAACAAGGUCAGAAAACCAAAAUGCCCCCCCGAACGGACCUCCCAACCUUCCAUGCCCACCUCCUGUCCAGCCGGCGCAUAAUGGCUCUCUGCGGCGCCGGCCUCUCAGCUGCCAGCGGGCUCCCAACCUUUCGCGGGGCGGGGGGCACGUGGCGGAACUACGAAGCGACCAUGCUCGCGACGCCCGAGGCAUUCGAAGCGGACCCGGGGCUCGUCUGGCAGUUCUACAGUAUGAGACGGCAUAUGGCGCUCGCGGCCAAGCCCAACGCUGCGCACUUUGCGCUCGCGGAGCUAGCGAGGAGGAAGGGUGGUGAUGGAGGGUUCCGGACUUUGACGCAGAAUGUCGACGGUUUAUCCGCACGUGCGAAUCAUCCGCCGGAAACUAUCGAUUAUCUCCAUGGACAUCUUUUCGGCGUCAAGUGCUUUAGUGAAAGCUGCGAUUACAGAGUGCAGGAUUUCCGCGAUCCUAUUAUUCCAGAGCUCGCGGUGCCGCUAGCGAAGCAGAGUCUUGCGCUACGCGCUCCCGGUCCGGAACUGAACGCGAACCCAGAGGGGAAAGAGGGAAGGUUAGCCUACGACGAGAGUGCACCUCUAGAACCAGUACCAAGAGAGAGAAUCCCCAAGUGUCCUAAAUGCAAUAACCUCCUCCGCCCUGGCGUCGUCUGGUUUGGAGAAGUGCUUGAUGAGGACAUGCUCGUUAGCAUCGACCGGUGGAUUGACAGUGGAGUUGAUUCGUGCAUUGUUAUUGGGACAAGUGGGAAUGUUAAUCCCGCCGCUGACUACGCCUAUAAAGUCCGCGAAUGCGGUGGCAAAGUGGCCAUAGUAGACUUAGAUGUCAGUGCAGGAGGCUGGCGGGGCGGUAAAAAGGCGUUUGACUGGGUAUUCGAGGGUGAUGCUUCGAAGAUCGUGCCAGAGUUACUGAGACCGUUGAUUGGAGAUAUCACCAUUCCGAACGACGACCCUGUAAAAGCAGAAGCUUGAGUCAUCAUUAUCCGUAGUCCUAACCCAACCCUCGAAUCACCCAUUUCCGCCCGCCCCAUUAUGAAUCCCCACAUCCCCGCUCCCCUCUCGGCACGCAUGAAGGGUGAUCUUCCGACCGGGAAAAAAGUGUGGUUGCUUUCGGCCAGUGGGGGGAGGGAUCACUUCAUUGGCCAUUUCCAUUCAUUCACCCAUCCGCCUGGUGCAAGCACAGUACCGGUGCUGUACGAGUAGUCUACGAGUCUACGAGUGCCGGCGCACUUGUAGGAUAACGGAGUUAAGCGGGGAUUGCUUUCCACUUUCGAAAUGAAUAAUGUAGUCGUACAAGUAAUGCGAGUGAGUGAUUCAUGUA